GGCACUGCGUCUGGGUCGAGCUGUACUCUCCUGGCGAGAGUCGGUCUCCAAGGGGUCGAGUUUUAAAUCGCGUCCAACUAAAGCCUUCACGUCGCCGUGGCUGCCUGAAAGAUCGGCGAUCAUGAUCGUCACCCUCAAGACAUUACAGCAGCAGACGUUCAAAAUUGAAGUGGACCCCGCGGAUAACGUGAAAGUAUUCAAAGAAAGGAUAGAAGAGAAGAAAGGCAAGGACUACCCCGCACACUGCCAAAAACUUAUAUAUGCAGGUAAAAUCCUAAGCGAUGACUCCAAAAUGAGCGAAUAUGACAUUGACGAAAAGAAGUUUGUGGUCAUCAUGGUGACCAAGCCUAAACAGUCUGUCGAUGCAACGGCUAAAACACCGGGGCCUGGUGCGACGUCGACGGUGGCAUCUGCAGGGACGGCCUCGCCUGCCUCUGUGAAGCAGCCGGCUGCAGAAGCCCAAAAGCCGGUGGAGACACCCAGCGGCGCCUCCAAAAGUCCAGUGCAGUCACCGGCACAUUCUGCGGCAACCACACCAACCUCACGGCCAGUGACUGAGACUGGGGACACGGGCCUGGCCAUGGCUGCCUCGGCACUGGUCAUGGGUGACGAGUACGAGCGCAUGGUGCAGCAGAUCAUGGAGAUGGGCUAUGAGCGGCCACAGGUGGAGAGGGCCUUGCGCGCCAGCUUCAACAAUCCCGACCGGGCCGUCGAGUACCUCCUGACGGGCAUCCCUCCGUCACAGCAGGACCCGGCAGAAGAGAGCCAGGGUGCAGCGGAAGAGUCUGAGGACACCCCGAGGAGCGUUCCCAGUGACACAGCCAUGUUGUCACCGCAGUCGCAUCAGGGCACCACUGGAGGCGGUGGGCCACUCGAACCAGCAUUGGCAGCAGAAGGCGGCAACCCUGAGGACCCGUUGGCCUUCCUUCGGUUCCAG